AUGACAUUUACGGAGACAGCGCAGACUUCUACUGAAAAAAACGACGACCUUCGUAUCCAAGAAUUAAUAGCUGCUUCUCAAAAGUUACUUAGUCAAAAUACACAACCUCCCACUCCAACUGCUACCUCUAGUUCAGGUUUCAAUUUUCACCCAGAAACUUUGGGUCAAGAGAAGCAACAAAUACGUGCAAGGAAACCGAAAACAAAGGCUAUCUCUGAACAUUUGAACGGCUUUGGAGACGCUUCUGAUAUGUCCUUGCCCAUGUCGCACAACGGUUCUACUCCCUCGGUGAUUAGUAUGACGAACGGCUCGACUCCCGCACAUAUCGUUAAUAACGGAACCACUGUUGGAAAUAUAAAUAGUGGUUCAAACUCUCCUAGUUCUGCGUCUUCAACUUCAACAAACAGUAUGACGAACGGAAUACGAGGUGAUAGAAGAUCAUAUAAAGAGAGAAAUGAUCCGGAGAUUUCUACUAGCCCUCCCGAGCUAAUAAGAGAUCCAACCUCGGAAUCUUUUUCUACUCAUACUCAUAUUUGGCCAAUCGUCUUUGCCGUAGUGCCACCUAUGGGUGCACUUAUUUAUGGUAAAUCUGAUGUCUGGA